AUGGAUGAGUUAAAAGUGGAAAAUGUUCCUUUGCAUGUUAUUCCUGUGACAGAAUAUGAUCCAUUUGAGGUUUGUGUUAUUACACUUGUAUUGAUUGAGCUUAAAUUAAGCUUAUGUUCAUAUAAAACAACACGAGAUUCUAUAGCUUCUGGCAAAUAAUACAUAAUUAAUGAACGACUUUACGCUAAAAAUCCCCGACAUUUAUUCAAUUCAGUCGUCACAUAUUCAAUUUAGACGCUGAUGAAAUGUGUGUGUGUUAAAUUUUUCAAGGUCUCUUACAUUUAUUCUGUAAAUUAUGAUCGGGUUUCCAGUUGUAGAAUUCACCAGACAUGGCCAAUUAUCAGCGAUGUUUAUUCGUAAAGGAGACAUGUGUGAUAUUCAUUUGAUUUGCAUAUUUUCUAUGCUGAGGAAAAAGUGAUUCAUUCAAGUAGAAAGGCUUUUGUGAAGAUUCCACAUGCACCUUUGACUGUACUGUGUUCUAACUUAACAUAAAAAAAAAUAUUAUACUAAUCAUGCUGAGUUUUUGUGAGAAAUCUCUCGCUGUGUUAGUUUCUUAAGAAAGGCCACUGUUGAAAACAUACUGCUCAAACAUUGGCUGCUUUUAUACUAAGGAUGCAUUAUCUGUUUGGACGAACUUGGGCAAACAUUUUGUACUUCGUCCAGUUAAGCGUCUCAAGUAUAAAGAUGGGAACAAGAUGCAUUUUGCGUCCAGAUGAACUACCUUUUGUAUUGCGUCGUCCAAGAUGUAUUACGAGGAUAGUUCAUCCAGAUGCAUAUCGUGUCUUUUGCCUGUCCUUAUACUAAACUUGAGAUGCACAACCAGAUAAACAACAAAAUGUUUGCCAAAGUUCGUCCAGAUGGAUAAUACGACUGUAGUAUAAAAACAGCCUUUGGCUUCACAGUUAUGUGUUUAAAAUUUUAACUAUCUGUCAUAAUUAUGAUUAUUGUGUACUGUACUUUUAAGAACCUUGCUGUGAUGGCAUAGUUAGUAAGGGGACUCUAUUGCAUGUAACUAUGGUUAUGGUAAUUAAGUUUUAAGCAAAUUUGUGGGGCAAAUAAGAGGCAUGAGAGACAUGGAAUUAUACUAUUUAGCCGUAUGGUAGUUGAAAAUGCUUUAUUUGUUUUAUUCUAGUCACCCACAAAACCUUGUACAACAUGAACAAAAGUUGUUAAUUAAUUUAUAAAAUUAAUGUGACAAGGAAGCCUAAUGAAGCUUGAAGCUUAUAUUAAUAGGCUUCCUUCAACUACCUAAUGAACUAAAUUCAUGGCUGAGUGCAGAGUUAGCAAGAUCAGAAAAUUAAGUGACAGAUCGGCUAUCAGUGAGAUAAUUCUUUANGUUAUGUGUUUAAAAUUUUAACUAUCUGUCAUAAUUAUGAUUAUUGUGUACUGUACUUUUAAGAACCUUGCUGUGAUGGCAUAGUUAGUAAGGGGACUCUAUUGCAUGUAACUAUGGUUAUGGUAAUUAAGUUUUAAGCAAAUUUGUGGGGCAAAUAAGAGGCAUGAGAGACAUGGAAUUAUACUAUUUAGCCGUAUGGUAGUUGAAAAUGCUUUAUUUGUUUUAUUCUAGUCACCCACAAAACCUUGUACAACAUGAACAAAAGUUGUUAAUUAAUUUAUAAAAUUAAUGUGACAAGGAAGCCUAAUGAAGCUUGAAGCUUAUAUUAAUAGGCUUCCUUCAACUACCUAAUGAACUAAAUUCAUGGCUGAGUGCAGAGUUAGCAAGAUCAGAAAAUUAAGUGACAGAUCGGCUAUCAGUGAGAUAAUUCUUUAAAUUUUUUUUAAAAACAAAUAUGCUCAUUAUUUAAUGAUGUUAACAAGUUUUGUGAUUUGAUCUGAAAAAAUUAAUAUCCUUUAAGGUUUGCUCUACAUUCACCCCAUAGACCCUGAGAGAGACUAGUAUAGUAAAAGGACAAAUUGAUGAUUAUGAAAGCUACAAGGGACUGAUUUUUAGAACACGGGUUUUAGUGAAUUCUUUGAGAAUUGUAUGUUGAGCAUUGCAGUUUGGACUUUGGCUUAAAGUUUUUAAAAAAUGUUUUUCAUCUCGAAUUACCUGUAAAACUGUUGAACCUCUUCACAUCGUAGAGGGGUGAUAAGGAUGCCAGUUAUGUACCUGUACAACCAAUUGUUGCUUUCCUGUAAGGCCUAUUGUGUCACAUUUAAGCAAGAUAAUGAAAUAAAAUGUUUUCAAAACAGUUCAGAAUAAGAUGUCAUUAAAAUGAAGCAAGUGAGUGAAAGUGAGUACAUCAGUUUUUGCAUUGUUAAAUUUUGACUGGUCUGCUUAGUAGUUAAUGCCAUUGGAGGGUUCUCAAUAGGUCAAUAGGGGCUCAAGCUAGGGAGUGGGGAUUCCCCCAGCUACUAAGAGCAUGACCCCUGGCUACUUUCAUAGGAAGCAAAAUAAAUAAAUAAAUAAAUGAUUACAGGGCAACUUGAAAUCUCGGUGACAGCCCUGAAUUGUGGAGAGGUGACUACUUGUUGUAGAGAUGUUGGUAGAGAACAUCUCCUAAUUAAACCAUUUGGCUGGCUGUUUGUUAGUUGAGAGGUUGAAGCAAAGUUAACAUAUGGACUGGUCAGUUUAUCAGCUGUUAAUGAAAAGAGGUGGUCAUCAGUUGACUUUUAUUGUCACAUGUCACCUCAUGGUGGGUACAUGACUGCAUCUCCAUGAGCUCUUUCUGAUUGAAAAAUUGUAAUUAUCUUUUAUUUCCACUUUGAUUAGCUGCAUAGCAUUUGUGGAUAAGGACUUUUGUGUAUAAAAAUGUUAACAUUAAUCACUAAAAAAACUUGUACUUGAACUUAAUCUAUAGACCUAUGGUCAUUAUAGAGAAGUUAACAUAUGGACUGGUCAGUGAUUGUACCAAUGUUUAUAAUUUGGCUCUUUCUCUGUUUUUUUUUUAGGCAAAGUUUGCAGCAUCAUUAUACUGGUUGGUUUUCCGUGCCACUGAAGAUGGAGAGUUUGAGAACAUUCCUUCUCAAGUCACCAGUCCUAUUCAACGUGACUCAGAGGUACACACGUACAGUCUAUACAUCUACACUGUCUUGUAGAUCAUAGAAAUGAUGCCAUAAAUAUGUCCAAAAAUGCAAUAUUCAAGUUAGUUUAAUGGCAAUUACUUUCAUUGAAAAAUUGGCAACAUUUUAUGGCAUUUUUGAAGAGCGCAGACAAUAUUUAGUUUUUGUAAGUCUAAGGCCAUCUUCAGUUCCAAAGUUUUCAUGAGCCAAACCAUAUUCCUUGAAUCUAGAAGUCGUGAAAAGUUUGGGAUUUAGAUCAAUAGGGCUGUCAUUAAGAGCCGAGGGCCAGGGAUUCCCCCUGGCAACUAUGAAUGUGGCCCCUGGCUUCUUUCAUUGGAAAAUAGGAGAAAAAUAGAGUCAAAAGAACUCUCUCUAACUGUUUGAAUUCCUUCCUACUUGUUGUAUUUACCCAGCAACUUGAAAUCUUUGUGACAACCCUGGAUCAAUAAAACUAUUAUUAACCCAUUAACCCAUUCACCCCUGAGCUGCCCAUAACUGCCCAUGCGAUGCCGAUCAGUUUUAAUGGUCAAGGACAACUUUGUCCGCCAACUUGUGCAGAGUGAAGAGAUCUUUCGAACCAUACCAGAUUGGGCACAAUUCAGUCAAGUACCCCAGAGAGAAAGGCAAAAAACCACGUAACAUUGACCUGAAAAUUUCCAUGAAAAUCUUGUUCCACUACCCACCUACCUUUCCUUUCAUCUAAUCCCAAGAUCCUAAAAGCUUUCCUAAAAACCUUUGCCACCAAAAUGAAGCCUACUAAUUGACUUACAGUAGAAGGAACAGUUUUGAUUCAGUUUGAUCCAGACGCUGGAUUUUUUUUAACUUUAUGGUUAUAAUGAUUAUUAUACUGGUAAGUUCCAAAUUUUAGAAUAAUAUUUUUUGUCUCAAAGAUUUUUAAGGAUGGCCAAUUUUUUAUGAGUUUGGCAUCUGAAUCAACAGGUGUUAUCUUGACUAACAAGACAGGGUUGGAUGUAAAAAUUAAGGGCUAACACAGGAAUGUUGCUAAGAGCGGGCUGCUGGCAAAUUUCACUAUCUGAAUAAGAAUUUACCACCAGCUCAAAUUGCUCUGGGAAACAGACAUGUGGUAAUUUUUAGGGUAGCCUGUGCCACAGGUAAAACUAAACUCUGGUUAAGUCCAUCUGCGAAAAAGCGACAAAAUCCUUGUUGUGGGCCCUCACCUGGGUAUCAGGAUUUGAGUAUGUGUCAUGAUUGGCCUGUUAAAAAAGCCAUUGUCGAUUUGCCAGUCAGGAGCGUGAAAAGAAAUUCAAAACACACUUCCAGUAACUCGUUGAGUCCGUUGGGGAUCUUGAACAAGGAUAUCGGUUGCUGCUUCGCAGAUGUUACUAACCAAGAUUAAAUUAUGUCUGUGACACAGGCUAUUUUGAAGGUUGAGUUGGAGAAAAAGUUGGCUUGACAAAUAAAAAAGCCUGUGUAGCUUUUCUUUAGCUACACACCUAAGUGACAGUAUUUAUUUUCACCAAAAGAGUAGACCAAAGCAUCCAAGAUACACUGUUUAUGUAAUAAUAUUAUGAAAAAUUACAACAGAAACAAGGAAAAAUCAUUAAACAUGUCUUCAUCUGUUCUGAGCUUUUUGCAGAAGAGUUAUCAACCUGUUUGCAUCCCAACAUUAAUUUUAUUUACUUAAAUACAGAUUUAAAGAUCAUCUGUGCCGAAUUGCACUUGUUUGUUGGUACUUGGAUUUCAAGGCGAAGCCUUAGGGCUUCAAAUCUGGAAAAUGCUGAUCAGCAAAAAUUCACAACUUCUACUUAGGGGGUUUCAUUUUAUUCAUCUUUUGACUUUUGUUAAUUACACGGCUGUCACUAAGAUUUCAAGUUCCUGGGUAUCUGCAAUUAGUAGGUGGGGAAACUGAACAGCCAGGGAGUUCUUUUGGUCUCAUUUUCCCUUUAUUCCCUACGAAAAAUAGCCGCCAGGGUUCAUUCUCAUAGUAGGUGGAAGAAAUCCCCAGUCCCCUGCCCCUAGUGACAGCCCUGAAUUAAGUCUCUCUUUUCAUAGAAACGGAUCACAGUCCGCCCAGAGGUGACAGAAUUCCUUACGAAUGGUGAGAUCUACAGUAAGGUUUGUAACAAUAUUUUUCAUGGGAAGGCUCCUGCUGUUGGUCAGUGGGCUAUCAUCCAGACACUCUCUCGUCAUGGCUUUUAUGUGGUUGAGGAAGGUGACAUUGCUGUUACAGAUUCUGCCUUACAACAAAAGAAACCCUUUAGAAAGGUAACU